CCUUUCUUUUCUUCCAGUUCCAUCUGAGCAAACGGAGCAUUAGGAAUGUUUUUCCUUCACUCUUCUCCUCGCCUUUGCUUCCAUUUCUUCACCUCUCCUUCCAAACGCAGUACAAUCUCAAUUAUGGGUGAUCAUCACCAUAAGUUCAAAAGAGAUGCACACAUCACCGUUUGUUCAAAUGAAGUCAAACAAGGACAUACUCUAAGCUCUUGUGAAGUUGUAGCAGUGUGUGUAUAUAUAUAUAUAGAGAUAUCGAGCUCAAGGUUGAGUCUAUUACGAAGCUUGACAGAAGAAGAAAAAAGCGGGAAACAGAAUUCUCAAAGGCAUGGCGGGAAGUGAUCCACAGAAGCAACUCCGAACGUUGAUUCGCGACUUCGCCACUGAAAAAUCCCAAGGAGAGCGUAAAAUAGUCGGUCUCAAGAAGCGAAUCCAUGAGCUUCAAUCUGAAUUAGAUGCAGCGAAUGCAGAACUCGAAGACGUUAAGCGUCUCAAGGAAAACAAUGAGCAAGAGCUUAAAGGCUACGAAGUUGAAUUGGCUAUGACUGAAGCUUCGAUUCAAACCUUAGAGGGGAGAAUUUGUUUUAUCCAAAAUGAGAUAUCUGUUGUUGGAUCUGAUGUUGAGGCGCUUAAGAAUGAAGAAGGAGCUUCACGAGAUGAGUUUAUUGCCAAAAUGUUUGAGCUCAACGCUAAAAUAAGGAAAUUCCAAGAGACAUUAGCUUGUACUUUUCAUAAAGAUAACCAGAUUGGGAAUUCAUCAAAUGAUGAAGUAGGUAAGAACCUUGCUAAUAUGGAAGAUGCUGAAGUUGUUAGAAGAGCUCUUGAGAAUAAGCUUGACCAUAUAAUUUCUCAAAUCAACAUGGAGGAACAAGAGUACCAGGCAGAACAAAAUAUCCAUAAACAGAUCCAGCAGGAGUUGGUCAAUUUGGAAAGGAAGGUGUUCCUGAUGGAGGCAAUUAUGAAAGAAAGUAUCGAAUUGCAGGACUUGACCAGAUAUCCUUUCCAAAAUUGCAUUGGAUGGUUCCAAUUAAAUGGCCACUGAAUCUGCACACUAUGAAUGUUAAAAUAAGUCUUUCAUACUUGAGAUGGAGAAAGAAUUAAAAAUGUUCUGUGUAGGUAGUCAUAUUUACGUCUUAUUACAUUUGUCAGGCCCCUGAGUAAAUAAGUUAUAAUGUCCCUUCAGCUUCCAUGGAGGAGAAAAUAAUAUAGUAAUUGAACUCUUAUAACUAAUGGGGCUGAAAUGGUCGUUGAAAGUUCUGUCUUUGUUGCAAUCAAAUAAUGCAGUGCUGCUUUAUCAAGAAAAAAGUUGAGUUUUGAAUUGGAUUGCCACCCUGUAUUUUGUUAAUCAUAAUGCUUGCUGUAGUGUACUUAACUGUUAUCAAGCAGACUUCAGAAUUUGAAGAGAAAUGUGCUUCCCUUGGUGAGGAGUUGCAGAGGAGGUGUGUAUGUCCCAGUUGUCAUUCAGACAAUGUGGAGCAAUUGGGCGGAAUUCUUCAGGCAAGCGACGGGAAUUAACUUCUUGUAAGUAAUUUCAAUGAGAUCACUACAUUUUAAGCAUUGAUCUUCUCGAGUUGUACUGUAAAUGAAAAAGUACUACAUGUUGAUGGGAAUUUUAUACAUAUUGUAAUAGCUGCAAUUGACUUUAGGAAGUGAAGUUGAAGCUUCUUUUUCUGGUGGAAUGUUUUGGAGGUUGUUUUGUGCAAAAGGUGAGAGAGUAGUUUACACUGUUCUGUUAUGAAAAAAGAGUGAUACAUAUGCAUAUAUGAAGACAUUUGUACUGAAAUGCAGUGUUAUACAUUGCCUCAUGG